AAUCCGACACCACGCUCCCUCACUCCUCUGUGCUCUUCAUUUCUCAGUGGCUGAAGUGUAAAUAUCGAUUCCGGAGAUCCUGCACUUCCACUAGCGCUCGAGCCGAGCUUGUCUCGUCCUCUCUACUUGUAAGCAUUAAUGUAGUAAGGGAGAGCGACCUUCAAUCCCCUGUCGCACCUGCAUCCAUUCAUUUAUCUAAGCGUUCGAUCUGGCUCGAUUUGCAUUAAAGGCAUCGGCGAUCUUACCCUGUGCUUUUGAAGCAGGGACAUUUCAUUGGCGUUGAUAAAUGCUGAACAAGAUGGAUCUCUGUCUCUUCGUUUUUCUGCUUCUACCAUUUGUCAGUUUUGGAAGUGGAGAUGUUUAUCUUAUAACUAUGGAAGGAGAACCCGUUGUCAGUUACAUGGGCGGAAUUGAUGGAUUUUCUGCAACAGCGGAGGAUUCAAUGGAAGAGAUGGAUAUAACCAGUGAAUCUGUCACAUCAUACUCUCUUUACCUGAAGAGAAAGCAUGAUGAACUUCUUGACUUACUUUUUGAAGCUAAGUCAUAUAAGAAAAUCUACAGCUAUUGCCAUCUUUUAAAUGGUUUCUCCGUUCAUUUGACUCCUGAACAGGCUACGGCUCUGAGCAAAGCCCCUGGAGUGAAGUAUGUGGAGAAAGAUGGGAAGGUAAGGAAAUUAACAACGCAUACACCACAGUUCUUGGGACUUCCAACAGGAGUAUGGCCAACAGGAGGAGGCUUUGACAAAGCAGGGGAAGAUGUUGUUAUUGGCCUCAUAGACUCAGGAGUUUUUCCAAAGCACCCAAGCUUUGCUACCUACAAUACUGAUCCAUAUGGUCCUCUUCCUCGAUAUAGAGGGAAAUGUGAAAUUGAUCCAGAGACUAAGAGAAGCUUUUGCAAUGGAAAAAUAAUUGGAGCUCAACAUUUCGCAAAAGCUGCCAUAGCAGCUGGGGCGUUUAAUCCAGCAGUAGAUUUUCCAUCUCCUCUAGAUGGUGAUGGGCAUGGAACUCAUACAGCAGCUAUAGCGGCAGGAAAUAAUGGAAUUCCAGUGAGAAUGCAUGGGCAUGAGUUUGGCAAGGCCAGCGGCAUGGCUCCACGGGCCAGGAUUGCUAUAUACAAAGUUCUCUAUAGGCUUUUUGGUGGUUAUGUAUCUGAUGUGGUAGCUGCUAUUGAUCAGGCUGUGCAGGAUGGAGUGGACGUCAUUAAUCUUUCAGUUGGGCCAAACAGCCCUCCAUCAACUACAAAAACCACAUUCUUGAAUCCUUUUGAUGCAGCCCUUCUUUCUGCUGUGAAAGCUGGGGUCUUUGUUGCACAGGCAGCUGGAAAUGGAGGCCCAUUCCCAAAAACCUUAGUAUCUUUUAGUCCUUGGAUAACAACUGUAGCUGCUGCUGUUGAUGAUCGCAGAUAUAAGAACCAUAUUACACUUGGAAAUGGAAGAACACUGCCUGGACUUGGGCUGUCUCCCGCCACUCAUGCAAAUAAAUCAUUUGACCUUGUAUCUGUAAGUGAUGUGCUGCUGGAUUCGUCUGUCAUGAAGUACAAUCCAUUGGACUGCCAGAGACCAGAGCUACUAAAUAAGAACCUAGUGGAGGGCAAGAUCCUUCUUUGUGGAUAUUCUUUCAAUUUUGUUUCAGGCACAGCAUCAAUCAGGAAAGUCUGUGAAACUGCCAAAAGUCUUGGAGCAGCUGGUUUCGUUGUAGCUGUGGAGAGCAGCUAUCCAGGAACUAAAUAUGAUCCUGUACCUGUUGCUCUUCCUGGAAUUCUGAUUACUGAUGUCAGCCAGACAAAGGAGCUUAUAGACUACUACAACUCUUCGACAAAGAGAGAUUGGGCUGGGCGACCAACGGGUUUUCAAGCUACAGCUAGCAUUGCGGAUGGAUUGGCCCCUAUACUUCAUAAUUCUGCUCCCCAGGUGGCACUAUUCUCUUCUCGAGGACCAGAUGUAAAAGAUUUCAGCUUUCAAGAUGCAGAUGUUCUCAAACCUGAUAUUUUAGCUCCAGGUUCUCUUAUCUGGGCUGCCUGGGCACCAAACGGAACAGAUGAGGCUAACUAUGAAGGGGAAGGGUUUGCCAUGGUUUCUGGUACAAGCAUGGCCACCCCACAUAUUGCUGGAAUUGCAGCACUCAUGAAGCAGAAAUACCCUCAUUGGAGCCCUGCAGCAAUCAAGUCAGCCCUGAUGACAACAGCUAAUACGAUGGAUCGCGCUGGUAGGCCUCUUCAAGCACAGCAGUACUCAGAUACACAAAUGAUGACACUCUCUCCAGCAACACCUUUUGAUUAUGGAAGUGGUGAAGUUGAUCCAAAAGCUGCCCUUGACCCUGGCCUCAUCUUAGAUGCAUCAUACGUGGACUACAUAAACUUCUUGUGCUCAAUACCUGGUGUGGAUCCUCAUGAGGUCUCCAACAUCACAAGCUCACAGUGCAAUGCCACCCAUGGCAAACCAUCUGAUCUUAACAGCCCAUCUAUAACAAUUUCGCACCUAGUCGGAACCCAGACCGUCAAGCGCACGGUUACAAAUGUUGCUGAGACAGAGACCUAUGUUUUGUCCACCAGAAUGUCGCCGGAGAUUGCCCUCGAGGCCAAUCCUCCGGCCAUGACAAUUCUUGCUGGUUCCUCCAAGGAGAUUUCAGUGAGCCUGACUGUGCGUUCUGUGACUGGAACGUACAGCUUUGGUGAGAUCCUGAUGAAGGGCAAUAGAGGGCACCUGGUAAGGAUACCAGUCGUUGCCAUGGGCUACAGCAGCUGAAUGGAAGGUGUGCUUUCUAUGUCUUAUCGUCUUAAAGAAUCGUAUUAUUCUUUGUAGUUUUGUAAAAUAAGGCGUCCGUUUAGAAAAAGCUUUUGUUCUGUAUAUUAGUUUUUAUGGGGUAUUUAAGUACCUGCCCUAUAAGAAUGCUUGCUCUCUGAAGUUCUUUAUAUGAUAAUGACUCCAGUUUGGGGUUUUGUUAUGAGGCAAAAUAAAAUUUCUGAAAGUGAAGCAAUGACCUGAAAAAACUUAUCAGGAUAUCUGGAUGCAAAAUAUAUGGCCUUCAAUGUCGUAUAAUUUGCAUUGAGGUUAGUGCUUUAUAUAAUAUUUGCAUUAAUUUUGAAGUAAAUUAGAUAAUUUUGAAGCA